CGUCGUUAAUGUGGGGUUGUGAUAAUACAAUCAUUUGUUUUGUUGAUUCAUGGUCCACGGUCUCUAAACAUUGGAUUUUCUUCCAAAUUCGUUUUGAGAGUGUCACAUUAAAUUUUUCAUUUGUUUCUUUUCUAUUGUUUUCGACUGGCUCCCGAAUUCCUAGUCAAUAACAAGGUAUAUAAUAUUAGACUAAGUUAUUUAAGUACAACGGCGUUGGUUGUACAUGGUCAUAUACUAUAACUAAGCUGGAAACACAAUGGCAGAAAUUAACGUUAAAGUGCGUUUGGGAACUGAUCUUCUUUAUAAUACUAAAAUACGUAUUGACACAGGAGAACCUGUUAUAAAUUUAAAGAAUAAAUUGUGUCAAAAGGAUGAAUCUCUUUCCCUCAAACGAAUGAUUAUUGUUUAUUGCGGAUGUGUUAUGGAAGACAAUAGUCCUCUAUUUAUGUAUGAUCUAUUUGAUGGAGCUACGGUGCACGUGUAUAAAGAUAUUACACCGGAAAAGACAGUUAGUCCUACACCAUCUUCCGAAUCUGAUAUUAAGAAACUAGUUGCAACUUUUCGUUCAUUCUUAGUGAACUCAUCUUAUAGAGCUGCACUGUUAAAACUUAAUAAGCCAGAAGUAAUAAAUAAGAUUAUUAUAACUACUCCUGGUCUGAAUGAAGAUCCUGUUGCUCUUACAUUGCUACAACAUCCUGAACUACUAGUAAAACUCAAUGAUUUUGAAUCAGUCAAACGUAUCACAGAUAAUCAUCCUGCUUUUGCAUUAGCUGUUAUGAAAAUUGCUUCAGCUGUUCAGGAAGAAGUUUCGCAGAAUCACUCUACUGCAGAUAUGGCCAGAUCUGUAAUUAAUAAUGGCAGUGAUGAAGACAUUGAAGAUAUAGAUGAUUCAUCUCCUGCAUCUGAGGCCAGUAGUCGACCUGUAUCUAGGAACUUAUCUUUUGGAACCAUCACUGCUGCACAGUUAGCAUCAGCUAUAGCAAGUGUUACAACUCAACAACCUCAGCCUAGUACUAGUGGCGCAAGUACAUCUACUGCAAAUACAGAAAAUGUGUUGGAGCCUGUCAGUGUUGUACAGAGACAGCAAUCAGAGCAACAAGGAGAAUUUGAUGUACCUACUCAAUUACAAAUGAUGAGAGAUAUGGGUUUAGUUAAUGAUGCUUUAAAUCUUGAAGCCCUUCAACUUGGUGGUGAUUUGGAAACUGCUGUUGAAUUAGUAUUAAACGGUUUCAAUACCACAGAUCUCGACAGAGAAAAUGAUUAAAAUCAUUGUAUUAAUGUUAAAUUUUAAUUUAAUUUUAAACAAUAGUUUUAAAAAAUAUUUAUUA